CCUCCCAUGGCAUGGGUGUCAAUGCCAGCCUGCCCCUUGCUUCCCCAUCACACAGCAACUGGGAAGUUGUGACAGGAAAGUUUAUACAAGCAAUGAGCUGUACAGGGAAUGGAUUGACAGGCACAAAAACGUAAAGUUGGGGAAGAGAAAUCGCGGAAGUUCCUAGGUUCGGAGGCAGGCACAUUUCGAAAUGAACCGAAUUACUCGGUAGCGGUGCCACCUGGUUGCAAGAUGAGUACGCUGCAGUAUCUGGUCUGGGUCAGAACUUGGCGGCAGAGCCGAGUCAGCCUGGGAAUUGUGGAUUCGAAAACGAUUCCUCAGCAUGGCCUCCUCAACAACUCAACCGUGCACAAUAAUCCCCUGGACAACGCUGUACCCCGAGACAUGGCUCCUAACAUUGUCAAUGAUGACUACAAGGGUAGCAGACCUGAAAAGCACAAGAAGGGUUCUGAUAAAGAUCCUCUGACAAUCAUCUUAUCAAUGGUCGAGGAUGCUGUGGAUGACAUGUAUUAUGGAUGCACUGUAAAAAUGAAGUACAAAGUAAAUAAUGAAUAUCUUACAAAUGAAACGAACCAGGAACUAUUUAAUAAAAGUUGGGUAAAGACAAAGGAAUGUCUAGAAAAUGUACAGAAACGAUUCAAAAAAGAGAAAGAAAAGUAUAAUGAUUUAGCAUUUGAAGAUGAUCACAAAAAAGCCAUCUGUGCUUAUACGGCUAAGGAACCCCAGAUAUAUGAUGCAUUCAACCAAGACGUCCGCACCCAAAAUAAUCAGUAUACAGCAACCUUCAAGUACCAUACUCUGCAUUUUUGGCUCACGGAUGCUAUCCGUCUUUUGAAAGAAAAUCAACAGCACUGUUAUAUCACUUAUAGAAGAACAAAGGACAUAUAUAUUGGUAGAGUUAACGACAAGAUGAGAUUUGGAUAUUUUGCAUCCAGCUCCCUGGAUAAGAAUAGUAAUGACAAAUUUGGAGAAGAGUCCUGCUUUGAAAUAUUUACAUGUUUUGGCGCAUACCUAAAAUCCUACCCUGGUUUGGGGAACAGUCAAAAAGAGGUGUUGAUUCCACCCUACGAAGUCUUCAAAAUUACUGCUGUGAGUAAGAAAGAAAAGAAAAAUAAAGAUAAUAGCCUUUGGUGCAAUACUGUGUACAAACUAGAGAGUCAUGGAUGUCAAAGUAACCUGAACUGCAACAUGGUCCCUGAUUAAGCAGAGAAUACUCAGCCAUGACAAGCCAAUCAAAUAUUAAGAAAAUGUAAUCUAUAAAGUGGAUUUAAUUCAACCAGAUAGGCUGUUCAUGCUUCUUAAAAUAACAAAAUGGCAUAAUAAC